AUGGGUCCCGAUCCCGUCAGAUCGUCGGCUCCCGGCUGCGGCGGCUCGCUCCCAUUGCCGCCGCUCGCGCUGCCGCCAGUCGGCGAGUCGCACCAUUGGAGCGCCACGGCGGUGGCUUCCGCGCUGCAUUCCGCUCCCGGUUACCACUCGCCUCUUCGGAGUGGUCACCAGCACUCGCUUGGAGGUGGUAACCAGCAUUCGCAUGCCAGUGGCAGCAGUAAUUACCCCUCGCCGCACUCCGCCUCUCUUAACUCCCUCAACUCCCUCAACUCCAUGGAGGCUUUCUCCUUCACCGCGCCGCCACUUGCUGCCCUCUCGCCGCAUCAGCAUCAUCAGCCGCAUCCCUCGUCCGUCGCUGCCGCGGCCGCCAUGGCGCCGCAUCUUUCGCUGCUUCCCGACGCGGUGCCGCCCCGGAAGUCCAAUGGCACCGAGAUCUCCGAUGAGACCCCUGCGCCGCCGCCGCCGACGCAGCAUCAGCAGCAGCAGUGGAGUUCCAUGAACCAUGCAGGCAAUGCUGUUCCUUCUUCACCCGCAUUGCCUGCUUCUCCUGCAGCAAUCCCUUCGGCCGCCUCUCCUGCUCCUCGUGCCGCCCGGCUUGCCGAUGCGUUGGGUGUUUUUGCCAAUGCCGGGUGCGAUUUCCCUGCCCCUGAUGCUGCUUUUGCCGGUCGAAACUGCGACGACUGGCCUGUCGAGAGGGCAGGUGUCACUGAAGAGUGUCGCGAAGCACACUCGUCGAUUGUCGACACAAAAAAUGCUGCUGACACUGCUGCUGCUGCUGCUAAUGCUGGUGGCAUGCCAUACGUGGCGGGUUCGGUGCUUGUUCCGGAUUCAGAGCUUUUGGCGUGUUUGAACAGCCUCACCUCGUGCCUGUCGUGGCCAGACCUGACUCUUUUGGAUUCCGAUGCUGGUGUGGGUAAGCCAUCGGACUCGCCCAUUAAAGUUGGUGGUGUUGGUUUCUCCGCAUGCAUGAUGGGAAGUUUUGGAGAGGACAUGGGGGGGCUGAUUGAUGGCCGUGGUGUUCCAAGAGAAGAUGGUGAGGUCCCGGCAUUGCGCCCAGACUUUUUGCUGGAGAUGAUGUCUUCAGGUUGA